UAUGAAUAAUAAUAUUGAGUUUAUAUCAAGUAUAAUUUAGGUGCCUAAAUGUUAAGGAAUAUCAAAAUCACACUUAGAUUUGUCAAGUGCUCAAGAUCAAAUUGUACCAAACUCAUCUACCAGUAUUUGGUGUGCGCUAAGAUUGUCGACUCGAUAAUAUGGUUUCUCUUAUAAACUACAUGUCAAUUUUAUUUUUUAACAAACCAAAUCAACUUGAUUAAUUUGGAUUAUUUUCUCACUGAAAAUUGAAUCAAACCGACCCGUUGCACCUCAAUAGAUCGGGUCACCUGACCUGAUCCGAACCCAGACCCAAAAGGGGAAAAUUUUCAGAAACCCUAAGCAAAACGGCUACUUCUCAGUUCUGAGUCACACGAUAUUCCUCUCAUCAGUCCUGAGUCACGUUUCCUUCUUGCUGCGUUCUGCGAGGCUGUGUGCGACGACUUCCACUUGGGUCUUGGAUACGCCACUGAUUGACGGCAGCUUGAGAGAAAGACAUGUUGGAUAUCAACCUAUUCAGGGAAGAAAAGGGUCACAACCCUGAACUUAUCCGCGAAUCCCAACGUCGUCGAUUUGCCAGCGUUGAAGUAGUUGAUGAAGUUAUCAAUCUCGAUAAAGAAUGGCGAAAGCGUCAAUUCGAAUUGGAGACUCUCCGCAAAGAAUUCAACAAGAUCAAUAAGGAAGUCUCCAAACUCAAGCGUGCUGGUGAAGAUGCAACCAAAUUCAUUACUGAAUCUGAAGAGACUAAGAAAUUGAUAGCGGAGAAAGAGGUUGAGGUUCGGGAAACUCUAAACCGCUUGAAUUCCAAAUUGGAAACCAUUGGAAAUCUCGUUCACGAUUCUGUUCCAAUCAGCGAUGAUGAGGCCAAUAAUGUUGUGGUUAGAACAUGGGGUGAGAAAAGAUUGGAACCUAAACUGAAGAAUCAUGUGGAUCUAGUUGACCUUCUUGGGAUAGCAGAUUUGAAGAAAGGAGCUGAUGUAGCUGGAGGUCGAGGUUUCUAUCUCAAAGGAGACGGUGUUCGUCUUAAUCAAGCUCUAAUCAACUUUGGGCUUGAGUUUUUGGAGAAAAGGGAAUAUACUUUAUUACAAACUCCUUUCUUCAUGAGAAAAGAUAUAAUGUCCAAGUGUGCUCAAUUAGCCCAAUUUGAUGAAGAACUUUAUAAGGUAACUGGUGAAGGAGACGACAAAUAUCUGAUUGCAACAGCAGAGCAGCCACUUUGUGCAUAUCAUUUAGAUGAUUGGAUCCACCCCACCCAGCUACCCAUUAGAUAUGCUGGAUAUUCAUCUUGCUUUCGUAAAGAAGCUGGAUCUCAUGGCCGAGAUACGCUAGGAAUAUUCCGUGUUCACCAAUUUGAGAAAGUGGAGCAGUUUUGCAUUACUACCCCGAAUGACAAUGAUUCAUGGGACAUGCAUGAGGAAAUGCUUAAGAACUCUGAGGAUUUUUACAAGGCGUUGAACAUUCCAUAUCAAAUUGUUUCCAUUGUAUCUGGUGCUUUAAAUGACGCUGCAGCAAAAAAGUAUGAUCUAGAAGCAUGGUUUCCAGCUUCUCAAACUUACAGAGAGUUGGUAUCCUGUUCAAAUUGUACAGACUACCAGUCCAGAAAACUAGAAAUUCGAUAUGGACAGAAGAAGAGCAAUGAGCAGCUGAAGCAAUAUGUUCAUUUGUUGAACUCUACUCUCACGGCUACCGAGAGGACCAUUUGUUGCAUACUAGAGAACAACCAGAAGGAGGAUGGGGUAGAGAUACCAGAAGUACUCAGGCCAUUCAUGGGCGGAAAGAAUUUCUUGCCGUUCAAGAACCAACCUAAUAAUGAAGCCAAAGGGAAGAAAUCAAAGGCUUAAUUGCAUUAUUUUUAGUCCAAAUGUUGUAUGCUUUAAACAGGGUUUGAAACAUGUUCAAAUUAAUCGAGCUGCUCAUAUACUAAAUUCAGUUACAAAUUUCACUGGAAAAAGGAAUGCAGUCUGGAAAAUUGGGACUAGAAUAUUCAAUAUAUUGUAGUAGGGAUGAAAUGGGGUGAUUUUAUAUGAUGACUAGUUUUACAACUAUGGUGAUUGUUUUUACCUUAUGGUAAGGCUUGCAUGAUUGGGAGUUAGGGAAUAGAUUUUCUCUGGUGGAGUUUUUAUUGAAUUUCUCAUUAGUUUUAAUAAAUCCUCACUAUUAAAACUCCAUCUCCCACUUUUUUUUUGUUAAGAUUUAUUUUUAGUCUCUGAAAAUUGUGAGACUCAAUUUGGUCUUUGAAAAAAAUAAAUACAAUUUUUCUGGGAAAACGUUCCCCAUA